GAGAUUCGUGCUGGACCCCGGUUGUGCCCUUCUGCAAAGAACCGAAAUCAGAUCGACAAGAUGACCCUUCUCCACGAGAAACAAGUUCGCGUUCUGAAGCUGUUCGAACGUCUCAGCGUUGCAGCUACUGGCGAGAACAUCCCAACCGAUCAGAUUGAUCCGAGGCUGCGCACAGUGGGAGUCCUGCCUAUUAAUGCGUUUUUCUCAUGCUUUUUACCUGAACAUCUGGAGGAAGCUAGGAGACUUAUAGAAGUUUUCUACAAGGCUCCAAGCUUUGAUGAGUUCAUUAGUUUGGCAGAACAAGCCCGCACGUUUGUGAACUCGACUCUCUUUGCUUUCGCUGCUGAAGUGGCCAUCUUGCACCGAUCCGACAGCCGAGGAAUCAUCGUUCCACCAAUACAAGAGAUUUUCGCAGAUAGGUUCAUUCCUGCAGAUACUUUAAUCAAAGCAUUCUCAAUCGCGACCACCAAGCCAAUAGGAGAUGAGCACGAUGUCAUUGUUGACGUACAAGAAACAGGUAACAUUUUGGAUCCUGAAUACAAACUUGCCUAUUACAGAGAAGACAUUGGAGUCAAUGCGCAUCAUUGGCAUUGGCAUGUGGUUUAUCCUUCAGUAUAUGACGUCAGUUUGUUUGGAAAACCAAAAGACAGAAAGGGAGAACUCUUCUAUUACAUGCACCAACAGAUGUGUGCCAGGUAUGACUGUGAAAGAUUGUCUAACGGUCUAACACGUAUGGUGCCUUUCCAUAACUUCGAAGAACCUCUUGAAGGAUACGCAGCUCACUUGACUCACAUUGCAAGUGGUCGUCACUAUGCCCCUCGUCCUAAUGGCUUGGCCAUGCACGAUCUCCGACUUGUCGAUGUCCAGGAUAUGCAGAGGUGGACUGAACGUAUCUUGGAAGCUAUUCAUCUAGGCAAAGUUAUUGAUGCUGAAGGAAAUGACAUUCCUUUGGAUGAAGAAAACGGUGCUGACAUUCUGGGUGCUCUGAUCGAAUCUAGCUAUGAUUCCAAGAACAGACAAUUCUAUGGCAACUUGCAUAACUGGGGACACGUCAUGAUGGCUUAUAUUCAUGAUCCUGAUGGCCGAUUCAGGGAAACACCAGGCGUCAUGACUGAUACUGCAACAAGUCUUAGGGAUCCUAUUUUCUAUCGAUUUCACAGAUUUAUUGACAACGUAUUCCAAGAAUACAAGAAAACUCUUCCUGUUUACAGCCAGGAAAUACUAAAUUUCCAAAAUGUGGAAAUAACAGAGAUCAAGGUUAAUGCGAAGAUCCCGAAUGUCAUCCACACAUUCAUCAGAGAAGAUGAACUGGAAUUGUCACACUGUAUGAACUUUGGAAGCCCAGGAUCUGUCAGGGCAAGGUAUCACCAUCUUGAUCACGAAUCUUUCUCUUACAUUAUUUCAUGUGUGAACAACAGCAAUACCGACAAACACGGAACCGUCCGUAUUUUCUUGGCUCCGAAGUAUGAUGAACUUGGAAACAUUAUCCCAUUAGAUGAACAAAGGAGACUGUACAUUGAAAUGGACAAAUUCCCCGUAGAUUUGCGACCAGGAAAGAACACAAUUGUAAGAAGUUCAACAGACUCAAGCGUCACAAUUUCCUCCACAUACACUUUCAAGGAACUCCUGCACGGUGAAGAUUUACGGGAAGACCGAACUGAGUUCUGCAGCUGCGGAUGGCCUCAACACUUACUUGUUCCUAAGGGCAAUGACAAAGGAAUGAUUUUCGAUCUUUUCGUCAUGAUUACAGAUGGAGAGCUGGAUAAGGUGGAAGGCAGUGGACAUGGCAAGAAACUUUGCAACGAUGCUCUGAGCUACUGUGGUGUUAUGGAUGAGAAAUACCCAGACAAGAGAGCAAUGGGCUUCCCGUUUGACCGAAAAAUAGUAGCUGAAAACCAUGAAGAAUUCCUGACUCACAACAUGAAGGUUUCAAAUAUCAUCGUUCGAUUCCAAGAUUAAGAAUUACUCCACAGGGCUGCCUUCCCCCAAUACAAAGAAAUACACUGAAUAAUUAGUUAAUCAUUUAUUAAAGUUAUUAAAAUAUACCAACUAUGUAAACUACAUUUGAAACUUAUGUAAUUCAAAAAUAAAAAUAAAGCAAUUGGCCAAGAUAAAACUUUAA